UCUUCUCUUAUCGACUGCAUCAACAUCGUAUAAACGUACGUACAAACGAAUCUUGGCGAAUGACUUCGCCGUUUCGUGUAGCGGUCGAACGUUGACGGAAAAUGGGUCAAAACCAAUCUGGUACUGGCGGCAGUGGUGGAGACAAGAAGGAUGACAAGGACAAGAAGAAGAAAUAUGAGCCACCAAUUCCCACGAGAGUGGGCAAAAAGAAGAGACGUACCAAAGGUCCCGAUGCAGCUUUAAAAUUGCCUCAAGUGACUCCCCAUACGCGUUGCAGACUGAAACUUUUAAAGCUCGAGCGCAUCAAAGAUUAUCUACUGAUGGAGGAGGAAUUUAUUAGAAAUCAAGAACGUCUGAAGCCGCAAGAGGAGAAAAACGAGGAGGAGAGAUCGAAAGUGGACGAUCUCCGUGGAACACCAAUGUCCGUUGGAACAUUGGAAGAGAUUAUCGACGACAAUCAUGCAAUCGUGUCCACCUCGGUUGGCUCCGAGCAUUACGUGUCCAUUUUAUCAUUCGUCGACAAAGAUCAAUUAGAACCUGGAUGUUCCGUAUUGCUGAAUCACAAAGUCCACGCUGUCGUUGGUGUCUUGGGUGAUGACACAGAUCCUAUGGUCACGGUGAUGAAGCUUGAGAAGGCUCCUCAGGAGACUUAUACCGAUAUUGGAGGUCUCGAUACACAGAUUCAGGAGAUUAAAGAAUCUGUAGAGUUGCCCUUAACUCAUCCAGAAUAUUACGAGGAAAUGGGUAUUAAGCCUCCGAAGGGUGUAAUACUUUACGGACCACCUGGAACGGGGAAAACACUGCUCGCCAAAGCCGUGGCUAAUCAAACAUCGGCUACAUUCUUGAGAGUCGUUGGUUCCGAGCUUAUACAGAAAUACUUGGGUGAUGGCCCGAAACUGGUGAGAGAACUCUUCCGAGUUGCCGAGGAACAUGCUCCCUCUAUCGUUUUUAUCGACGAGAUAGAUGCGGUAGGAACAAAGAGAUACGACAGCAACAGUGGUGGCGAAAGAGAAAUUCAAAGGACCAUGCUGGAGUUGCUGAAUCAACUCGAUGGUUUCGAUAGCAGAGGUGACGUGAAAGUGGUUAUGGCUACCAACAGAAUAGAAACUUUGGAUCCUGCUUUGAUCAGACCCGGUCGUAUCGAUAGAAAAAUAGAGUUCCCAUUGCCGGACGAGAAAACUAAACGAAGAAUUUUCAAUAUUCAUACCAGCAGGAUGACUUUGGCGCCUGACGUGAAUCUUGCAGAAUUAAUCAUGGCAAAAGAUGAUCUUUCUGGUGCAGAUAUCAAGGCAAUAUGCACCGAGGCUGGUUUAAUGGCUCUGCGCGAACGACGCAUGAAAGUUACCAGCGACGACUUUAAAAAGUCCAAGGAGAGCGUAUUAUAUCGAAAGAAAGAAGGCUCUCCCGAAGGAUUAUAUUUAUAAAGAAAUUCGUCAUCGAUACUCUCUGUACGAUUAAAUCACAGAAUUAUCGAAGCAUGUCAAUAAAAAUUUCUACAG